GAUUCAAUAAUAUUGACAAAAUCUCUCCAUUGACAUUCUGUACGUGUCAUCAAAAUACCUGGAAAUAUCGACACUAAGACAAAAUGUAUACAAUGAAAUAUACAACUUAGAUUAAUUGAAGGUGGAAAUGAAAUAAAUGGGAUGUAUAUUUCUGACCACCAAAAUCGAUUUUCCAAUUAAGGAUUGUUUCUGUGGAAUUAAUGCUUUCUCUCAUAAAAAUGGCGGAAGCAGUCUCAGGUUUAUCAGAGACGCACGAAGAAAAUGAAAUAACGACAUCAACUGAAAAUAAAAGUUCUGAAGAUCAACUUGUGUCAAACCAGGAGGACACUGAUUCACAAACGUGUCAACAAGACUUGACACAACAGUUGAAAGACACUGAACACGUGUCAACAGACAACGGUUCAUCAGUAGACCCUGAACCAGAAGUGUUAAUUGCAUUAGCUCAGAAUGGUAUUGGAAAAAUCAAAAAUACGGAGGAAAAUUUAGAUGAAAAAGACGGCGACGAAAUAGCAUCACAAGAAGCUGACACUUUUACCGACAUUUCCCCGGCGGAAUCGGAAAAUUUUGAAGAGAAAAACGAUGAUAUAGAUUCGGAUUUUAAGGAGAGUGAAAAAUUCGAGAUUGAAACGAGUGAAAAAUUUGAAAGUGAAACAAGUGAAAUUAUUUUCAGUGAAAAUUUAUUGAAUGAUAGUGAGAUAAGUGAAAAAAUUUCAGUUCAGGAAGAAUUAUUGCGUGAUAGUUUGAACUCAACACAAGAGGAGGUUGGUAUUUUCAUAACACAGGACCAUCGGGAAGAGGAGAAUCAACCAGAAGAAAUGCCAGAGAAGCGAGAGGAGGAGGUGGUGUCACCAUCUUUACAAAGGGCAAACCUCAGGUUUAGAUGGGCAAAAACAAUUCCGGUAUCUUCAAACGAGAUCAUAUUCUUUUCAUCACAUAAAAUGGAAGAACCAUUAAAGCUGACAUGGUCGGAGGGAGCGGAUUGUUUCUACUCCAAAGACUUGGAGGUCCCUACAGGGAUGUACAAAGGGACUCUUGUUAUUGAUGAGAAAUCCUACCCUAUAGAUGAGGUCACUGUAAAACAUUAUACAUUUGAAGCUGAUCUAUAUGUAAAAGAUGGUCACUAUCAAUAUUCUGCAUUCCAUGAGUUGGAUGUUAUUGAGGAUAAUUUCUCUGCUGGACGAGAGACAACCGUGGAAGAUGUCAAUACAUUCAGCGACCUUAAUAAAUCUAGUAAUGACCAAACAGGACUACAUUAUACAGGAAAAAUUGAGGACAUUAUACGGCAACAGAUGCAUUCAGUCAGCCCUGAACAAGAGUUCACGGUUAAAUCAGACCAUGGUUCUGGAAGACAUACACCAAUUGGAGAUGUUGGUUUUGAGACAUACCAAGAUGGAUUAAACAAUUCUUAUAGCAAACAUUUAAAUGCAUCUGUCGUGGAAGAUGAAAUUGAACAGAGUUUUAACCAAUCUCAGCAUUCCUCAAAACCACAUACCCCACAGCCUACAGUUGAAGAAAUAAUUGAAAAUACAUUAAGAGAAUCCAGAAGUCAGGAGCGUACAACUCCUCAGUCUGAUAGACUGGCUGACUUUUUCAGCAGCGAAGAUCAAAGAACUUCUACUGAUAAGAUUUUGAAUGGAGAUGGAUCAUUAGAAUUUGCUGAGCAUUACAAAUCCCCUUCUAGCUCUGCUAGGCAAACACCACAGAGAGACUACAUAGGGGAUGUCCUUGGAUAUGACCAGCCUAAAUCAACUGAAGGCUCUGUCCAUAGUUUUGAGCAAAGUAGAACUCCUGUUAGGUCUAUAGAAGGUUCUCUGCAUGGAUCAGCUAGGCAUACACCUUUAGAAGGUUCUCUGCAUGGUUCAGAUAGACGUACUCCGUUAGAAGGGUCCAUGCAUGGAUCAACCAGACACACACCUUUAGAAGGUUCUCUGCAUGGAUCAGAUAGACGUACACCUUUAGAUGGUUCUCUUCAUGGAUCAGAUAGACGUACCCCAUUAGAAGGUUCCGUACAUGAAUCACUGGGUAGACAUACACCUUUAGAUGAUUUAGUGCAAACUGUCUCUCCUGCUGGAAGCUUUCAUGGAUCAACUCACAGUUCUGCACGUCAGACUCCAUUGCAAACAGCUGUGCGACAAACUCCUUCUGAGUCUUUCAGAACAAGUCAGGAAAAUUUGUAUGGGUCACACAGCUCAUUAUCUGGUCAUGGUGGCUCUAGGCCACUGAGUUUGACAAGUGAACAAGAAUUAACACAAUACUUUGAGCAAAGCAGUAAAAGAUUUAGUGAACCUGUUUCAACAGGAUCAACUAAAACUCCAACCCCACAACAAUAUGCUUCAGGAAUACAAAAUAAUGGUAAUAGAGCUCACGGCACAUCUAGUUUACCCGUAAUAACUACACAGCAGAGACUUCAGGCAGAAAAACGUAGUAAGACACCAGAUAAUUAUAUCCGGGUUCCAGGUAACAUGACAUCUCCUGCUGCCGUAGCUAGACCAUCAUCAACAACUAGAGGCUCCACUCCCUCAUCCAGGGCCAGUAAUAGGACUAUAACACCAGGGGAUGAUGCAGAGAGACAACUUUCUAUGGACAGUGUUAUGCAGAAAAGGGUAGAGGAUUUAGAGGACACAGUCAGAAAUCUACGUAAAUUAUUAAGUGCUAGGGAACAAGAGGUCCAUGAAUUAACUGAUCAACUAAAUGAUAUUAGAGAUAUAAAUAGGUCUUUACAAGAUGAUCUGGAACACAGCAGAGAGAAACAGUCAAGUACACCCAAACCUGGAAGUAAUCAGGAGUUAGAAAAGCGAUAUGGACUGUUAUCCAAUGAGAAGGAGAUAUUAGCACAGGAAGUGGUCAAUCUACAUGAUCACAUCAAUGAUUUACAGCGACGAUUAGAGAGAGAUGGACGACCUGACGGGGAGACACAUCCUAGUAUUAGUAGUUAUGAUCCAAAUAAUCCAAACGCUCUACAAAGGAAAAUCGCUGACCUACAAAGUCAAGUUCAGGACUUACAGGAGGCCAAUGAGUCGGCUGUUUUGGAGGUGAAUAAUUCAGACAGGAAAAUAAAAGAACUUACAAAACAGAAUGAGAGUUUAAGGACAACACAAAAUGUUGGUCACCAAGAUUUACAUGCAGAAAAUAGAAUGCUUCAUGACAAGAUAUCCAAACUUUGGGAGCAAGGGUAUGGAGACAGUGAUCAUAAGGUCAGAGUUGAGAAUCAACAACUGAGAGACGACAAUCGUGCCAUCAGGGAAAGGAAUUAUAAAUUACAUGAAGAAAAUCUUAAACUGAAAGAGGAAAUUACAGAAAUCAGGAGAGUACUAGAGAGACAAAGUUCAGAUUCCAAGAUUUCUAGAAUCAGUGUUGGUAGUUUAGACAGGGAACAUAUGGACUCAAAAUAUUCAAGCAUUGAUAGAUCUAAACUACCAAGUUUAGGAAUAGAAAAAUCACCAACCACAAGUUUGACUCUUUUAAAUGGACAUGUUGAUCAUAGACCUGUUCAAGAAAAAGACGGUCAUCGCUAUAGUUACCGACAAAAUAAGGAAGAAAAAUUGUAUUCUGGACUAAGUGAAAGAGAAAGUGUGAAUAAGUACUCUACUCACACUGAUGAAUCUAAAUAUAGAACAAGUAUGGAAAAGUCAGAGCCGUAUCUACGAAAUAGUUACGUCAAUGAUGAUUUAAAGAGUUCUUAUGAUACAGAUGCACGAACAUUUAGAGAUGUAGAAAACAAAGAUGAAAGUCGAUUUAGAAGUAGCUUGGAAAGGGCAGAAGCAAAAUUGAGAAAUAGUUUAGAGAAAAAUUCAUAUUUAGACAAAAUUACAAGAUAUGAAACGAAAGGUACUGAUAGAUUAAAAACUGAUAAAAGUUUAGAUAGAAGUAGAACUCCUGAACGACCAAAGUCAGAAACUUAUCGGUCAAUGCCUGAUGGUAUUAGUGACAAAGAUGAAAGAUCACCUAGUCAGCGAUAUGAUUUGACCCCAAAUCGUCACCAUGACAACAGAAUUGAAAGAAAGACAGAAUAUGAAAAAAGGAGUGAUUAUGGCUUAGAAUCUAAAAGCCUGACCAGUAUAGAUAGGGAUUAUAAAACUCUGACAGCAUCUUACCCAGAACUGGCAAGAAUAGUACCUACCUCUGAUGCAGAAAAACGUAGAGAAAUGUCCCGAUCAGAGGUUGACCUUCGUCCUAAACGAGGGCGUUCCAGAUCACCAAAUCGGCACAAUUGUACAGCAAGAUCUGCCAGCCCUAAACGAGGGUUGCCAAAGCCUUCUGGCUUUCGCUUUAGGAAUAUCACAAAACAUCGCAUGCCACAUCAAAUGUAUAAAUGGGACGGUAGGUUUGCAUGCGCUCAAUGUGGAAGCCAUUUACUAAAGCAUUUACUAGGACUUAACAGAACGGAAGGUUAUUUAAGGGACGAAGAUAUGUCCAGAUAUACUUGCACACGACCUAGAGUCGACACUCGUGUGUCGUAUUCAACACAAGAUUAUUACAACAGGGAUUAUGAUGCAUAUAAUAGUUAUGACAAAAAAUACACAUCUUAUCAGAGUGACGGGAAUGAAAGCGACACUGCCACGGACAUACUUGUCUCAGCCCAACCAUAUGAACAGAGAAUUUCACCUGUAUCACCUGUAGAGUCACCCGAUCAUAAAGCUCAUUCCAAAUAUCAUCGCCGUAGUUAUAGUCAGAGACGGGACUCUUUAGGGUCUGACUGCUCAUCGAUAGAAGACGUGGAAGAAUCAUACAGUAAACAACGACUACACAACAGAUCUAAGUCAGCUGAUGGAAGAGAGCUUUUAAGACGUACAGAACCAAUGGGAAGCUCUGGGAGAUCACCUACUCCCAACAGAACAGACAGAUAUGGAUUAACGACAGGAGAUCCUGGUUUCCGUAGUAUCACGCCAAAUGUUUUACCUACACAGCAUAACAGAUCAUUAGAUAGAGGAUCUUUAACAAAUAUAACAUCAGGUUUGAGACCGUUUGCACCAAGAACACCAGGAGAUAUUAACAUUGAAGAUGUUGUUAAAUUCUCUCGACAAGGUGGAAAACUUAGCCAAGGGAAAAUCAAAUUCGUUGGACAUCUUCCGGGCAGAAGUGAUAUUUACUUAGGGGUAGAGCUUGAUAAGGAAGAUGGUAAACAUGACGGCACAUUCGAAGGAGUGAGGUAUUACAAAUGCAAACCAAACAAAGGAGUGUUUGUAGCAUUCAACAAAGUGGUGAUGGCAUGGGCUCCAAACUUAUGAAGAUAGUUGUUAAAUAUAUCGUUAUGUUAAAUGCAUAGAAUUUUCUACUUUUGAACUCAGAUCUGUAUGUAAAUGUCAGUACAUUGCCAUAGUAACACAAUUUGUUUACUUCUGAAGCAAAAUUUGUAAAACUUUAACUGAAGUCUUAAUAUUUUUUCAAGAAUUUCAAGCAUGGGCCUUAGAAUGUAGGUAGGCAAUAUAAAAGAUUGUGUAGAGUUUUUACAUACAGCUGUUUGGUGCUGUAAAACACACAUUGUGAUAUUGUUAUUGUUUCUUUCAUAUAGUUUAAUAACAAUGUUAAAUUGUAACAUUAUCUAAAAAAUAAAUUACAUGCAUGGUUUUUUGCAGAGGAAAGAGUUUAAUGUUGAAUGUUAAGAAGAUUAUAGUCAGUAUAUUCCUGUUUGAAUUUUGGCACAAAACUUUUAAUGCUUUUAAUCAAGAUGUUCUGAAAUUUAGAUAAAACUCCUUCAGAACUUUAUUUUUGAAGUAAAAGUUUUACAAAACCAUCGGAUGAAAUUUGAAAUGUUAACAGACAUACAGUACAAAAAUAUUGAGAAUGCUUAUUUUCAUUUUCCUUUGAAUUGAAUACCUAAAUUAGAUAUUUGUAAGAGCUUGCAUUGAAACAGUUGUGACAACUGAAAUUUAUAUGGUUAUAUAUCUCAGUGAAUGGGGUAUUUAUUAAAGGUUCUGUAUUUUCUGUCUAGUGCUAUCAACAUGAAAGUAUGAGGUAUGAUUUAAAAUAGAUACUUUGUAUAUUUCAAUUGUGGAAUUCUGUUUUUUUCAUACAAAUUAAUUAAAGCUGUGUGUGCCACAGAUAAUAUUUAAUGAAAAUCCUUUUUUUAGACCAGAAAGUCAUGUUUACUGCACAGAAAAUUCAACUACAAUUGGUUGACAGGAACUAAAUAAGUGUACGAGUUUUUAUAUUUUCAUGGUUAUACAAACUAUAAAUAAACUAUUUUACUUUAAUGAAUGUAUUUGUCAGAUUGAAGAAAAGAAGGCUCAAUUCUGUGAUAUUUGUUUGAUUAGUGAUAUUUAGUUAACAAAAAAUUGUAUGAUACAGAUAUGUUGAUUACAAAUAUAUUUUACAAAAAAGAAUUUUAAGCUGGAACCGGGGAAAAAUAAAUUAUGUCUGAAAAUGGAGAUAACUCAUAGUAUUUUAAUUGCACAACAAGGUUAAAAUUAUUUUCCUUUGUGAGCAAGUACAUGCUGGUUUUCAAUAUGACCUAGAGACAUGUAUAUAUAUAUGGUUUAAAUGAUUAUUUAUUGAUGUCUGGACAUUUUACAAACAGUGAUUUAUUAGUGUGAUAUUUUAACAGGUCCAAGAUAUGUUUUGAUAUCUUUUAUUUUUACAAUAAUCCGUCCACUUGAAAGCUUUUGCUUUUUGUAGUCAUUUACUGUUAAUAGUAAAUAAAGAUAGAGAAUAUACA